AUGCCACUCUUCUCCCACCGCUUCUCCACCGCAUCUUCGUCUUCCUCGGCGUCUCCUUCGUACUACAGUAAACCCGCGAAGGGCCAUAAACCCAACUCCUCCGCCUCUGCUUCGUAUCGCAUCCACGUGGCUAUAAUACUGUUCUCCCUCGUCUCUGUUUUCAUCGGAGUCGCCGGAACUAUCUUCGCAAUCACCUCCGCCGGAGGACCGACCUCCGUUUACCGAUGCGGCGGAACUAAAGACACUUUCCGAGUCUCUGGCUCGAGGAAGCUAGGAGGAGACGGUGGUAAAGGCGGCGUAUUGCACGAAAGGAGAAAGCUUUUAGGGUUCGUCGGGAUCCAAACUGGUUUCGAUUCCGUCGAUCGUCGUGCCGCUUUGAGAAGCACUUGGUUCCCUUCUGACCCUGAUGCUCUUUUAAGGUUGGAACAAGCGACUGGAUUAGCUUUUAGAUUCGUCAUUGGACGGUCAAAAGAUGCGAAGAAGAUGGCUGAUCUUGAGGAAGAGAUCAAAAAGUACAGAGAUUUUGUGAUUCUUGAUGUUGAGGAAGAAUAUCUACGGCUUCCAUACAAAACGUUGGCUUUCUUCAAAGCAGCUUAUAAACUCUUUGAAGCUGACUACUAUGUCAAAGCCGACGAUGACAUUUACUUGAGACCAGAUCGACUUGGGACACUUCUUGCCAAGGAAAGACUUCAUCCGCAGACAUACAUUGGCUGCAUGAAGAAAGGACCAGUUAUAACCGACCCUAAGCUAAAAUGGUACGAGAAACAGGGGAAUUUGAUUGGGAAUGAGUAUUUCUUGCAUGCUUAUGGACCGAUCUACGUUCUUUCAGCAGAGAUAGUGGCUUCACUUGCAUCAUCUCGGAACGGCAGUCUAAGGAUGUUUAACAAUGAAGAUGUAAGCGUUGGUUCUUGGAUGCUUGCAAUGGAUGUGCAUCACGAGGACAACCGUGCUUUAUGCGACCCUCGUUGUUCCCCGAAGUCCAUAGCAGUUUGGGACAUUCCAAAAUGCUCAGGGCUUUGUAAUCCGGAGAAUCGGUUAAGGGAGCUUCAUAAGGUGGAAAUGUGCUCCAAGAGUCCGACAUUGCCUCCAGACGACAUCGAGCAGUAG